AUGUCAGAAAUUCCGGUGCAACCAGUCGCUCGCUCACGGAAGCGUAGAUACCCCCGGGGUUAUGCAUAUCCCAUUCCCUACAGUGUUUACGCCCCACUCGCCAAAGAACUUGGUAUACCAAACGUAAACACGAAGAAUGUCAAUGCAUACUGGCAGUUUCGCUACCGGCUCAUGGAAGAUUGUAAUGUUCCGAACAAGUGCUUCCAGGGAGUCUAUGUAGACGGCAUGUCGUCGAUGGCGGUAGUCUUCGCUGAUACCUACAGCCGCGAGCGAAUGAAGGCGGAUGAGGAGCUUGUCCAGAGGGUGAAGAAAUUCUUGAAGACGGAGGAGAAUCCGAGGUGGUAUGUCCUUGAUUAG